AUGCCGGCCACGAUCGCUGAGCCAAUUAUACCUUCAGCCGCGGGUGGCAUUGCCGCUGCCCUUGAUCUUGGUUUGGAGGGAAAGGAUGUCCAGGCACAAAUUGAACUGUUGAAGCAGGAUUUGGAGAAGCAAAGCCGAAUAGUAGAUGGGGCGGAGAACAUGCUUGAAGUUUUUGACCGUGAGUCCAGGCUUGGGCAGGAGCGACGCGAUCCUGUCCUACGGGACCAGGUAGAGGGUGCCCUUGACGAUGCAAAGUCUCGAAUAGCGUUAUUGACCAGGAAAAUAGAACAACUACGGGAGCAAUCUGGCAGCAAUCGUCGUGGAGGCGCGUUUUCCAAUAAUUCCGCUGGCCCCUCGGCCGUAGUAUCUCGCAUGCCAUUCUGGACUAACCCAUCCGGAGCAAAUGGACGAAUACGCGAAGAAAACACGGAUCGCGAGGAUUAUCGCACCGCCCAUUCACAUGCGAUGUCCCAGCUUCAGUUACUAUCAACCCUGUCGAGGCAACACUCUCAGGCUCAGUCCAGCUUCCAGUAUUCUAGUGGUCUUUUCUCUUAUAACUCUUCAGCAAACCCCUCAUCCUCUUGGACAACAUCUAUCGGAGGCUCUACGUCUCCCUCUUCGCUCUCGGCCGGCGACGACCUAAAUGGAGGCGUAAAGGUCUCGGACGCCGAGAUCGACCACGCUCGUAUCAAAGCUAUGCAUGGAUUAGUAGAAACGCUACAGAAAAACAUUCGCGUUCGUCAAAAGCGUCUCUUCGGCCCUGCGGAUUACGCUACCAAGGAGUCCAGGACUGCGGCGUACCGGCUCCUUAGAUAUGCGAUGGUGGACAGUGACUCGGUAGCAAAACUCCGGGAACAGGACGUCGAUUAUUACCUUGUAAGAACGUUCUCGCGGGAUAGCAAGCACGGUAUUGAGAAGGAAUCAGCCCUAAAACUUAUUCGCAAAAUCGUAGAGGUUGGAUCGCGACACCCUGCUAAGGCGGAUGCGACUAGCAAAGGAAAAUCAGUAGGCACCGGAUGUGUACCAGUCUCAGAGGCAGUGAUCCGAGCUUUGAUCGCGGUUGCCGAUCAUCCAGAAGACCCUUUGCGAUUCCUGUGCCUGUUGACUCUUGCAGAAAUCGUCUUAAUUGACAUUGAACUCGUGUCCAAAUCAGGCGGGCUUCGUAGUGUAUUGACAGCGUUAACAGAUGGUCCCACAGAGUUGGCACCUGUUAUUGCUCAGGUCUUUCUUCAUAUCAUUGAUGCACCACGGACCCGAUGUUACCUUACUCCUGGGGUUGAUCUUGAGGUUGAUCGCAUUAUCUGGCAUCACAGAUGCGUAUGUGAAACGCCAGGCCAUAAGGAGCGAUUGCGCACGUGCACAAAGGUUGUAUGCACCAUCCUGAGAACUUGGAGUGGCCUCAUAUACCUGUGUUCCAAUAAUAUGCAGUCAAUAGUAGCUUUAGUGGACACGUUGCGUAUACCAUCUAUGGAGACUCGUGAAGUGAUCCUUGAUAUGUUCUUUGAUAUCCUUAAUAUCGAAGUUCCGGACUGGGGACAGGCAUUUAUGGAUGGCAGACGAUUGACCAUGUUUGGACCGCCAAAAGCAGCUAAAAACCAGCAGCCUGUCAUUGAACAAUUGGCUCCUAAAUCGGAGAAGUUGAAUCUCACACACCAGUUUAUCUCGCUGCUGUUGGUAGUUUUCGUAGAAUCCGGGCUGAUUGAAGCUUUGGUGGACAUACUGGAAGAGAGAGGUACCUCCACCGAACUUCCUCGUAAGGCAACACUGUUACUUGGAGAGAUCAUGCAACUUGCGAAUCGGGUACUCCCGUCGACUAUUGCUGCACGCAUACAGGCUCUACCACGUUUGUUCAGUUUGGCAGCCGACCAUGAACACGGGGAAGGGAAGCAAUUUGCGAGUUGCACGUUAUCUUCAAUUGAGAGCUUGAACCGAAACCGAGCGAGGUUAAACAAAGUUCCAGAAAUAGCUUCCAGAAAACGUGCCAACUCCGUAGAGGAUACUAUGCGCCGUGGCCAACGACAAGUUGAACGGAGCAAGAUUAAGCGUGGGAUGGAAAUUGAUGAUAGGGGGUUUCAAGCUAUGUUGAUAGAUACUCAGGUCAUGCUGCACAAAGAAGCCAUCAAGUGGAAUUUGGACAGCCUCACAGAGCUCAUCGAAGGGCCCCUACUAAAUCCAAAGCGUUUCGAAGAAGCGAUGAAAGUAUCGCGAUUCGGGCGCAAGCUUAUGUCAUUUUUUUAUCCGAACAGUAAAGCGUUUUCUGAAAUGAAGAAUACUAAGUCUAAUGCGCGAUACAUCAAGUUAGGCUGUACGCUAAUGACGACGCUCAUUUCAACUCCCGAUGGCCAACGGUAUCUGAUGACGGAGGACACUUUGCUCAAACAGAUUGUAGAAUGCUUGGAACAGAUAGACCCUCUAAGUGGGGCGCCGCCCACAUCAACUCCAAGCAACGAGCUGAUUUUUUCUAAAACGCACAUGGAUAAAACAAUAUCAUUUGGAUAUUUUGAAAUUUUAGGAACAUUGAGUCGUUACCCAGAUGGUAUCGAGAUUCUUGAGAAACUCAAGGUUUUCAAUUGUUUAUACCACCUGAGCGACCUGCGGAGUCGCGAAGAUCUAACAAGGCAUAUCAUCGAAAACUUCGAUUGUACUGUCGAUGGGCACCCCCGGCUGAUACUCUCUAAGGCACUCACGUCACGGCACAAGCAUAUCCGCCUUGAUGCUACGGAUUACCUUGGCAAGCUCAUACAGCUCAACCCGAAAGCUAAUGAGUGGAUGCUACGCCUGUUACUCACUCAAUUAUACGAUCCAGUAUCUGAGGUAUGCGAGAAAGCUAUACUUUACUUGCAAGAGGCUUGUGAAGACAUGGGAAUCCUCGAGAUGGUAGUGCAAAUGCAGCCUAUUCUUGAUCAUCUGGGUGAAGUUGGCCACCCACUGCUACUAAAGUUCAUGUCUACCCAGAUUGGAUUCCAGUACCUCUAUAAUGCGGAUUACAUAGACAGAGAGAUGGAUGGAUGGUUCCAUGAGCAAAAUUACCAAUAUCUGGUUCAGCGAAGAGGACCUCCCGGUAUUCGAGGGCACUGUCCUCCUCAUUUCUAUGGUGAAAUGGCAAAGACUCCUCUGGGAUGUAAGGUUUUAGAGGAAAAGGGACAUUUCCCAGAGUUUGCACACUUUAUUCGGCAACACGGACUUGAGAGCGAAGAUUUUGAGAUCAUCAAUAAACUUAAGAGUGUACUAUGGGCGGUGGGUAAUAUCGGAGCUACUACAGGGGGGUUACCUUUCCUUGAGGAAGAAGAUAUUAUUCGUGAUAUUGUUGAGAUUUCAAGCAAAUCAGAGGUCUUGUCUGUACGAGGCACAUGUUUCUUCGUCCUCGGAUUGAUAUCGAGUACCCCACAAGGUGCCGAAGUGCUUGAUGAGUAUGAAUGGGAAGCAACUGUGACACCACUCGGAUUUACAACUGGCCUCUGCCUACCUAUGGAUAUUGAGAAGUUCUUAUAUAUUAAUCCUUGGGAGCCAUUUAGCGAUGAGUCGCGCAGGGCCUUGAAGGCACCUUCUGAUCCUAUGGAACGAGAGAUAUUGAAGGCUAUUAAUAAUCUAUCCAACACUGUUAUCCAGAACCAAGCCUCACGAAUACUUUCACGUUAUAAACACCGGCCGCAUGGACGCCGUGCCUUCCAAUCUAUCCCCCUUUUCUACCGAGCACUUCACAUUCUUGGCACACAACGCUUCCGUUUGCCCGUCCGCCGUUACGUUCUGGACCUAUUCGACAUCAAGCUGGACCCCACUGUCAUAACGUUAUUACGCGAGUUUAGACAGAAACUAGCAGAGCCUGAGCCACAACCCGAAGAAAAACCAUCAACGCCACAAAUCGUUGCGCCGCGACCCAGAUCAGCCACUAGUACACCCGACGUUCGCCAGGCGCGGUCACCGGGUCCUCCUCCAACUGCACCAGCUCAACGUCCAGGUUUCAGGUCUCGAAGGAACACUCGUAUCGGUGCUGCAGGACUUGGCAUAAACGUACAGGGCAUCGAUGGAAUGGCUUCUGGUGCACCUCCUGAAACGUCGGCUGACCCUCAGACAUAUGAUUAUGAGGCAAUGGAGAGGGCCCGUAAUGCGGCGUUAGGGCAAUUGCAUGCUGCCGUGGAAGAACUGCGCAUAUCUCGAGAAAAGGAGGAGCGGGAAAGAGAAAGAAAGGAGAAAGAGCGAAAGGAGAAAGAGAGGGAAAGGCUCGCGCUGCUCACUUUGGAGGAUGAAGAGAAGAAGUUUACGCGAGGAAUUGUAGCGAGACCAAGGGAGAAAAUCGUUGGAUUUGAUGCAUGA